ACUGAACACUUUAAGCACUUUGAUUAUAAAAAUAAUAAUGGUAAAAGACCAGUGAAUAUUGGCUACUGCAUAGCAUCAAAUGAGUGGCAAAGUUUAUUUGCAUUUUGGAGUUGAAUUCUUGCUCCUGCAACAUUAAACCCAGCAGCUGUUGCCGUCGUGUUGUGAAGUUACUAUGAAGAUUUGUAGAGUGAUCCCAUGAGUAUUUAUGUGCUGCUGUCUGACCAGGCAAAUACUAUGUACUAUGAUUUCAUAUAUGCCUUGACAUGUACGUAGAGAUCCUCAAGUGUGCUCGACACUCUACUUGCUACUCAAGUAUUCAAUUCUUAUCUGCCCACUUCUACUCAACUGCCAAUCCAGGCAGGAGUGGCACAGUAUGCCUAUGAGAGUCUAUUGUAUUGUGAUGUUUUGCAUAGUUAUGACAAACAUAGCAUACAUUAGCAUUGACUGGAAUUUCUCUCAUUUUGUCCGGUGUACUACAGGUGUAACCAUGGCAAUGGAGACUCUUCCCGAGGCGGAGUACCUGCGCCGCCUUGUACGGAGAAACGACCAUCAGAAGUUGAGGAAGGCAAUCCUUCAAGAGGACGGUACCUUGAAGGAAGGUGUAUCAAACCAGACAUAUACCAACAUAAAGGGAGAUGAGGAACCAUUACUGGGGCAGCUGCUAUUCGCGGCCUGCGAUGAUGGCUGCCUGGAGUGUGCCUGCAUCCUUGCAGACUGGUGCGGAGAAACAGUGAUCAACCAGUUGUAUCGCCGUUGGGAUUCAUGGAGGUGCACGCCACUACAUAGAGCAUGUAUGAAGGGUUACAUCGAUAUUGCCAAGCACCUUGUCAAGUGUAAAGCCAAGGUAGACAAGACUGAUUCGGUUGGUGACCUUCCUGUUCAUGACGCUGCUGGGAAUGGACAUCUGGAAGUCGUCAAGUAUCUACUAGAUGUCCAGCCCGACAUGGUCUCCGUAGAGGACAAAGAUGGGAGAACUCCUCUUGGUGAUGCAGUGUACUGGGUGGGAGCAGGUUGUGUACCCUACUUGCUGGAAGUCACCUGGACCAAGCUAGCAUAUGAUGAGGCAAAGGAGAUUGUGGAGGAAGCCAGAAAGAUAGCUCAAACCUACGGAAAAACGCAAGCAUUGGACUUGAUUAAGACCAGCUUGAUACGUGAAGAGUUUGGUGUUGAGGGUUACACUGAUCCUACUGAACUGAUUGCCAACGUGUGUGGAGUAGAAGGUUCAGGAAAAUCUACCUUCAUUGCAUCCUUCACAGCAGAAGGUUUCUUCAAUAAACGGCUACGCAAGGAGAAUCAACCGGACACGAAGGCAAAAGAUUUAGCAUCCCGAACAAAGGGAAUUGAAGAAACCAUUUACAACCAAUCGCAGGUGAAGGUGCAUUUUCGCGACUUUGCUGGUCAAGAACAUUAUACCGAGUCACAUGACAUAUUCACGGUUGCCAUGACAGCACCAUCUGUUGCCGCAAUAGUGGUGGACGGCACAGAGUGUGUUGAUGAGAUCACACAGACUGUCGGUGCAACUGCCGCCAAUAUAGUUUGUCGCCUGUCUGCACCUGAUCAUGGUUCUCUACCGACUGUGCAACAAGAACAAGAACAGCAGCAGCAGCACCACCACCACCAGGAAGAUCUGCAACAGGCGGAGAAACUUGAUGUCAUCGCAAUUGCCACACGAGCUGACCAGCUAACACCAGAAAAGCGCAUUGAAGUGGAGAAGGCCAUAAGGAGGGGAAUGAAAUCAUUCUCUCAGCGCUUGGAUCUCUCCAUUGUGAGAGUAGUGGACGCUAGAAAGUCCAACAGUUCCAGCAUGAAUGAUCUAAGAAGUGAAUUCAUGCACUUGAUCAAUCGAGUGUUGGCGAAGUCCCCAAAGCAACCGCGUUUGCUGCAGAAGGCUCGGAAGCAUUUGGAUGAGGUUCAGGCAUCGAUGCCCAAUCCAUACUGUUCAAGAGCCGAGUUCGUUGCGGCAUUCAAGAAGGCAAUCCAAGGAACCAAAGAGGCACUGCCGAAACGACUCACUGAGCAGAUCGACAGCUUUGUACGCGUCCUGACUGCUUACGGAUAUGUCAUCACAUUCCCAGAGCUGAAUGAUCUGGUGGUUCAUCAGCCUCGCUGGCUCCUGCAGGACGUGAUCGGGUUUAUGUACUCGUCCAACGUCUUCCCCCACCGCCCUGAUGGCAUUGCCAGGGAAUACAAGAUGAGUGAAGAGGAGUUCGUCCGUUCACUGACUUCAUUCGCCAAAGUCGGAGAAAAAGCUCCGCUCUGCGUGCGUAUGGUUCUACAGCUCGGCUUGUCCAUCCGCUAUCAGAAGGAUAUCCUUGCUCUCUCCCUGUUUCCCGAGUGCACACAGCCAUUGAAGGUGCACAGAGCCUUCAUGACCUCACAAGUGAUGGUAGGUUCUGUGUAUACCUGCAAUGGCUGUGUGCCAUUCUCAUCUGGUCUCAUUGUUCAAUGCCAAGCACGUGUAUACGACUACUCCGCCUGCUUUUUCUCCAGUACUGAUCCCAUGUUCUUCAAGAACACCAUCAUUGUCCACCCGCAUCCGCACACAACAGCGCUGAUUGUGUUUUCGUCCGACCGUCAGCGCUGUUGUAUUGCAGUGACGUCCAGUCGCGGUACGAACCUGCAAGUGGUUCACCACGUCCACUGGUUAUUUCUAGCUCUCUUCCUUGACCUACUAAAGAGAUACAGUCGUGGUACUUCGGUAGAGCGCACUGUCCUCAGCCUGAGCAGCAUGCGUCAGCUUAUCAAGCAAUCGGCUUCACCAGCUGCCAUCUGUCCAGUGGUUGCUUCCUACCCGUCCGAAGCCGUCAUUCUUGCCGCAAGCAGUGUGCAAAGCAAAGAUGUCAAGGACGCCAGCGGUGUGUUCGUUGACUCGGUGCAGGAUCUUCAUCACGUUCCUGCCACGCAUGUCAGUAUGCUUCCUGCCACAUGUACUGAUCGCCUGGAGAGUCUGCGAGAUUCUUCAUUCUUGCGCGAUCUCCAAUCAAGCGUAGAUGUGAGUGAGAGGGAAAUCAGCCGACUUGGUGGCCCCCAAUCAGUGUCGCCCGCUGGACCCAGUGGGCUGAAUGCCUCGCUGGUGUUGUUGGCAUGGUGCCGACAAUCUCAUCGUCACACAUCUACUGUGCUAUACAGCAGGUUAGCUCAGCACUGCUUUUCUUCGCCAUUCUCCAUUUUCUACCGAGAGAUCUGCAGGAUGCUGGUGGAGAAUGAGAACAUGCUGAUGGAAGCAUUCCCGGACAUCAUCACCUAUGAACAGCGGCAGUUGAAGGAGCAAGAACGUCUUCGUUGCCAGGCCGACAAUGUUCCAUUGGCGGAUGAUUGGUUCUCGACUGCACCCAAUACGUCAUUCCUGGGCCAGAAUCCCUGCGUGGGAAUGCUACGAUCUCACCUCCAUGCAAUGCGUGUUACGGAUAAGCUGAUCGUGGACUCCGAUCACUACACUCUGGUCCAGGAAGCUGAGGUAGCAGCAGAGUUGCUCACAUCAACAGUAGCACCAGUAGCAGUAGCAGUAGCACCGGCACCAGCAGCAGCAGCAACAGCAGCAGCACCAGCAACAGCAGCAGCACCAGCAGCACCGGCAGCAGCAACAGCAGCAGCACCACCAGCACCAGCAGCAACAGUACCAGCAGCAGCAGCAACAGCAGCACCAGCAGCAACAGCAGCACCAGCAGCAACAACAGCAGCACCACCAGCAGCAGCGCCAGCACCAGCAGCAGCACCAGCAGCAGCAGCAGCACCGGCACCAGCACAAGCAGCAACAGCAGCAGCACCACCAGCAGCAGCACCACCAGCACCAGCAGCAGCAGUACCAGCACCAGCAGCAACAGCAGCACCAGCAGCAGCAACAGCAGCAGCAGCAGUACCAGCACCAGCAGCAACAGCAGCACCAGCAGCAGCAACAGCAGCACCAGCAGCAGCAACAGCAGCACCACCACCAGCAGCGCCAGCACCAGCAGCAGCAGCAGCAGCACCGGCACCAGCACAAGCAGCAACAGCAGCAGCACCAGUAGGAGCAGCAGCAGCACCACCAGCAGCAGCACCACCAGCACCAGCAGCAGCAGUACCAGCACCAGCAGCAACAGCAGCACCAGCAGCAGCAACAGCAGCACCACCAGCAGCAGCGCCAGCACCAGCAGCAGCAGCACCGGCACCAGCACAAGCAGCAACAGCAGCAGCACCAGUAGGAGCAGCAGGAGCACCACCACCAGCAGCAGCAGCAUCACCGACUGUAGCAGAGAGUAAAGCUGAUCCAUUUGAGGAUGACUCAUUCAACGCACAUAUCCUACCAAAGUUGUAUAAGAUAUCUUGUGAUGCACUGCGGCAAAGCGUUCAGGCACAAGGACUCCUGAGUGGUUUUGAUCCCCUUCCGGAACUAAACCGUAUUGAACGGUAUGAAGGUGUAGAGAAUCAUCACCUGAAGUUGAUUGGAUACAUCCGUGCUGGAGAGCGAGAUUCAUACAUAAAGCUGUGUGCAGCAGUGAGCAAGCUCAACUUCCAAGAUCUGCACAACACCAUGCUAAGGCUACUGCAGUAGGAACUCUAGUCAUGAUGUGAUUGUGCAAGACUGCUUUCUCCCAGCACUCCAUGUACAUCACUGUUCAGAUUGUGCAAGACUGCUUUCUCCCAGCACUCCAUGUACAUCACUGUUCAGAUUGUGCAAGACUGCUUUCUCCCAGCACUCCAUGUACAUCACUGUUCAGAUUGUGCAAGACUGCUCUCUCGAAGCACUCCGUGUACAUCACUGUUCAGAUUGUGCAAGACUGCUUUCUCCCAGCACUCCAUGUACAUCACAACAGUCAUACUCACACAGCGGACAGAAUUCGUUGCCCGUAUCCCGGUAUGCUUGUUUGUGUCGUUCUUCCCCUGCCACUGCUCUGCCCUAUGCAACGUGUUCUUUUUCCUCAUCUCCACAUGUAUCAUAUUGUAUUCUUGAGUUUCUUGCUCACCAGUUGUGGAUAUGCUCCAUGUGUAUUCUUUUGAAGGUGACCGUCCUUGAGAAUAUUUUCUCAAACAGCAGCUCCACCACCUCUGCGCCCACCCCCCUCCCCAUCUUCCCUCCUCUCUCCCAAUCUCACACGCCCAUACGCGAGCAUGUGCGCACGUACAUAAUUUGUUCUAUUGUUUGCUGUGCUUGCCAAGACUGUUGGUAUGUUUCCAUCGACUGUGUUUUUUUAUUAAUACAUGUACAUGUACAUGUACAUGUAUACAUAAAUGUUCCUACUUUUGAAAAUUCUAUUAAGGUUUGCUCUAGAGCAUCUUUCUUUUGUUCUUAUUUCUUUCCAGCUACAUCUCUACAUAAAUGUCCCUAGUCUUUAAAAUUCAUUUUGGCUUGCUCUAAAGCACCUCUAUUUGCUGUGACAAUUGCACAGUAUUCUUUUCAUUUUUCACUUGACUUUGUUCACAUUUUUGCAUUUGCGCGAAUACAUAAUUUGUUCUAUUGUUUGCUGUGCUGGCCAAGACUGCUGGUAUGUUUCCAUCAACUGUGUUUUUUGAAUAUUUUCUCAAACAGCAACUCCCCCACCUCUGUCCCCACCCUCCUCUCUUCCAAUCCCACACGGGAGCACGUGCGCGCAUACAUAUCUUGUUAUAUUGUUUGCUGUGCUUGCCAAGACUGCUGGUAUGUUUGCUAAUACAUAUACAUGCCUGUACAUAUAUACAUAACAUGUUCCUACUCUUGAAAACUCAAUUUGGCUUACUCUAGAGCACCUUUCUUUUGUUCUUAUUUUUUGCUGCUACAUCUGACAGUCAUCUGUACAUAAAUGUCCCUAGUCUUUAAAAAUCAUUAUGGCUUGCCCUAAAGCACCUCUCUAUUUGCUGUGACAAUUGCACAGUAUUCUUUUCAUUUUUCACUUGACUUUGUUCACAUUUUUGCUUCCGCUGAGACUUCUGUUGACCCUGUAUUGAACUUGGCAGCUGAACUUCAUCUCCUUUCCUUGUUUUUUUUAAAUGCCUGAACAGAUCAUGACUUUUGUCACUUCUCCACUUUGCGUGCUUAUUUCAGAAAUUAAUGUGAUGGAAAUCACACACAUGUAA